AUGGUUAGCAAGGUCGUCCACGAGACCCUCGCGGCAUUCGUCGCUGAACGCGACUGGGCGCAGUUCCACACUCCAGAAAACCUCGCCAAGAGCGUUGCCAUCGAGGCUGGUGAACUUCUCGAGUGCUUUCAGUGGUGCGCUGAAGCAGACCCGAAGCGCGUACGAGAAGAACUUGCAGACGUACUGACCUACUGUCUCCUUCUCGCUGAUCGCAUCGGAGCCGAUCCUGAGCAGAUCGAAGCAGCAAAAAGUAUGAUGAAAUUGGCACGGCUUGAUUUCUCCCAAACAGCCGUUACAACGUGGAAGACCCAUGAUGAGAAACAUGGUAAUUGGCCUGUCGUGUAUUUAUUGGACGACGGCAAUGGCACCGCACGCGCCAAUUCGAACACGCUGAGGGACAUCUACAUUGGAGAGACGCUCAAUGCCGCCAACCGAAUGCAUCAGCAUCUCAAAACGCCCGCGAAACAGCACCUCAAGAACAUUCGUAUCGUCAUCGGUGAAAGAUUCAAUAAGUCCGUUUGCCUUGAUUUGGAGUCUUACCUUAUCAAAAUGUUGGCCGGCGACGGUAGUAACCGGGUGCUCAACAGAAAUAAUGGCAUCACGGACACGCAAUACUAUCAACGCGAGAUGUACCGCGAAGGUUUUCGCAACAUCUUCGAACGACUCAAAGCGGAGGGCGUCUUCUCGCGAAGUAUCCCCGAAAUUGAAAACAGCGACCUUUUCAAGCUGUCGCCAUCCAAAGCGCUGACGGAAGAGCAAGCCAACUCGGUAGAGGAAAUCGUCAAUGGGCUUCUUACUGAUAUCGAGAGAGGCAGCAAAAGCACAAUCGUCAUCCAGGGUGAUCCAGGUACAGGCAAGACGGUCAUGGCCAUAUAUAUGAUCAAAUUACUCAUCGACAUCAAGACAUUUACUUCACUAGAAGAUCUGGAUAGCGACUUGCGGUUCUGUAAUUUCUUUACCGUAAGGAACCAACGGCUACUUCACGAUCUCCGCAUCGGCCUAGUAGUGCCCCAGCAAUCAUUGCGAAAGUCCAUCCAGAUCGUCUUCAAGAAGACGCCUGGGCUUGAACCCUCAAUGGUCAUGGACCCCUUCAAAGUUGGAGAAGCAGAGGGAGUUUUCGACCUCCUGUUGGUUGAUGAAACUCAUCGGCUUAAUCAACGUGCCAAUCAAGCGGGGGCAAUCCUUAACACCAAGUUCGGAACCAUCACGAGCUCGCUCUUUGGCAGUGACGAUAAAAGCAAGACCCAACUUGAUUGGAUACGGGCGAAGAGUCGACACCAAAUAUUCCUCUUAGACGCAGCGCAGAGCGUUCGACCAGCUGAUCUGCCCACCGAGCUGUUAUCAGGUCUAGUCGCCGACACUCGUGCAUCGGGGCGGCAUUUUCAACUUCGAACUCAGAUGCGUGUCAAAGCGGGAUCCGAUUUCGUGUCUUACGUUCGUUGGAUCCUCGAUCCUCACCCUCUCUCAUAUCCAAGAGUGAAACAAGAUUUUGGAGAAUAUGACUUUCGCUCAUUCGACAACGUUGCACACAUGCGAGACCAGAUUUUCCAACAUAACGCUGAAGUAGGCCUUUCACGGAUGGUCGCUGGCUUUGCAUGGCCGUGGAAUAGUAAAAAGGAUAAAAACAAGUUUGACAUCGAAAUUGACGAGACACAGCUCCGCUGGAACAGCGUCAUCGCUGACUGGAUUUCUUCUAGAAAAGCGCUCGAGGAAGUAGGAUCAAUCCACACUGUCCAAGGUUAUGAUCUGAAUUACGUUGGUGUUAUUAUUGGUCUUUGA